AUCCAGAUCACUGCUCUGGAACUAAAAAAAAUAAAAUAAUAAGAAGAAAACAAGUGGGAACAGAUCGACAAGCUGCACUUUUCUAUACGGGCGUGAAAUGUAGCGACGAUCCCGCAGAGAAAGUCCCGUUUAGAUUAAUAACAGAGACGCGUGGAUGUAGCAGCAGACCAGAGGAACAAACAGGCUUUAAACUAAACCAAGAUGAAGCCUUAAAGUCUCCGCUUCACACCGUGGAAAGUUCAAAUAUCAGCGCAACUCCUGUCACAAUGGAAAGCUACGCUCCUUAGGACGAGCAGGCGAGAUGGGAAAAUGGGAGUUAACAAUGAACCCAGUGCAGGAGUGGGGCGAGGAGGUUGAGGAUGGGGCAGUUUACGGGGUCACCCUGCGUCGUGAGCCCGUCCCCUCCUCCCCCAAACCCGGCGAGACGAGCCCCUGCUCUGGUUUUGUCCAGUACCGAACCUGCAAGGUGCGGCGCCUGAAGGCCGCCAGCCUGGACCUGCUGGUGAAUCAGCUCCUCCACUGUGACUGCCAGGAGCAGGACUACAGCAAGAUCUUCCUCUCCACGUACAGAACCUUCACCAGCACCACAAAGCUCAUAGAGAUGCUCUUCCAGAGAGAGAGUGUUUCCUCAGAUCUGGAUAACAGCGAGUGCUACAGGAGCCCCCUGCUGGCCUUUGUCCAGACAUGGUUGGAUGAGUACAGCGAGGACUUCAGGGACCCUCCCCUCCACCCGGCGCUCAGGCUGCUCUUGGAUCACCUGAGGAUCAGCUCCGCGGUGCAUGACGGCAUGCGCAGCCAACCCAACUUCUGUUCGCUGGCUGGGCAGGCCGAGGCGCUGCUCAAGAGGCUGCAGAAAGAAGAUGUGGCUUCAAAUGUCACUUCAGCUCCGGCAGAUCUUGAGCAAGACGAGGAGGGUUCCGGCGAUGAAGAUUCAGGAUGUGAAAGCUCUGUGGAUCAAGGUGGCGUCAUGGAUUUCUGUGCUGCAGCCGUUGCUGAAGAGCUCACUCGGAUGGACUCUGCUCUGUUUGUCAAAGUGGUGCCGUACCAGUGUCUGGGUUGUGUGUGGUCGCAAAGGGACAAGAAGGAAAACAUGUCUCCCACCAUCCGAGCCACCAUCGCGCAGUUCAACGCCGUCACCAGCCAGGUCAUCAUGUCUCUGCUCUGCCAGCCUGCAGACGCCAGUCCCACCUCCUCCAGGUUUCCCCCGACAUCGCCACAGCAACGGGCUCGCAUCAUAGAGAAGUGGAUCAAAGUUGCACAGGACUGUCGUCGGUUGAAGAACUUCUCCUCCCUCAAGGCCAUCCUGUCGGCGCUCCAGUCUAAUGCGGUUUACAGGCUGAGGAAGACCUGGGCUUCAGUCAGCAGGGAUAGCAUGGCCACGUUUGACAACCUCUGCGAGACCUUCCCUGAUGAGAACUGUGUUCUAACUAACAGAGAGCUCCUGGUGGAGGACGGAAGCCAAGCGACUGUGGACAACAUUUCUCCAAAGAUAUCCAAGAGGUGUCCGCUCCCCAGACAGAUGAGCACCUCCAGUGGAGUGAUCCCGUACCUGGGCACCUACCUGACCGUCCUCACCAUGCUGGACACGGCGCUGCCCGACACCGUGGAGGGCGGACUCAUAAACUUCGAGAAGCGGAGGAGGGAGUUCGAUGUUCUGUCGCAGAUCCGAGCGCUGCAGGCGUCCUGCUCCCAGUACAACCUCCCCCAUCACCCCAGGGUGGCCGCCUGGCUGCAGGGACACCGGCUGCUCACCGAUCAGGAGAGCUACGAACUGUCACGACAGCUGGAGCCUCCAGUGGACGUUUGCUCACCAACAGCCUGGAGCCACCGCACGCUCACCAAGAAACUCUCUUCUCUCCUCUCUGUGACCGAUGGAUCAAAGAAGGUCCCUGCUGACCAGAUCAGCGUUUCGUCCUCUGGAUCCAGUGGAUCUGAGAUGGAGGAUCUCUCGUCCCCGAACUCAGCCUGUUCCAUCAGACUGCAGUCCUUUCACAGCUCUUACACCAACGUGUCCGAGGCCUUCUCGUCCUCCUCGUCCUGCUCCUCCUCGUCCUCCCCCUGCUCCUCAGCUGCUUCGUCUCCGGACUCCAACGCUUCGUCCAGCUCGUCCUCCGACUGCGUGACCGACCUGUGCUCCGCGGCCUCGUCCUGCGGCGGCGCCCGUCCGAAGCCGCCCCUGGCCUCCCACCACAAACGCUCCGUGUCCAUGACCUCCCUCCCCGUCUACAACCGCCAGGUGGCCGACUCCUGCAUCGUCAGGGUGAGCGUGGACCUGGGACACAACAACGGCAACAUGUACAAGAGCAUCCUGCUGACCAGUCAGGACAAAACCGCUCAGGUGAUUCAGAGGGCGCUGGAGAAGCAUCACCUUGAACACAUGAACUGGCAGGACUUCACCCUGACUCAGGUCAUCUCUCAGGAAAGAGAGCUGCUGAUACCCGACAAAGCAAACGUCUUCUACGCCAUGUCCACAACAGCAAACUUUGACUUUGUCCUGCGCCAGUACCACAAGGGCCAGAAGAAGCCGCUGAGAGCUACUUCUAGUCUGGGACGGUUCACAAAGUGACACCUCUGAUGUCCAGACUCAGUGACUGGCAGGUUGAACUCAGGUUAAAAGAUGCUCCGGGGAAAAGGGGCUUUAUUUUUAGCAGUUGUUUUCCAAGAAAGGUACCUUCUCUGCGAGCCGUUUCUUGGAUGCUGACAGAGGUGAAAACAUGAUGUCUUUUUACGGAAAUAUUGCAAAAGCACUUUAUGAAGAGGAGCGCUGAUCUCAACAGGAACUAAUGGAGCUUAAAAACCACGUGGAGCUGAUGCGCUUUUACGGGCUGUUGGAACAAACAGAGUCCCGCUAUCACACCAAAAAAUAUUCUACAAAAAAAAUCAUUCCUUUCCCAGGAGUGAGUUGGUACAUAAUGAUCGAUGGCUGCCUCUCGUUGUCACCACUAAUAACUCUACAGAACUCCCAGAGAACCGGCUCCCUCCCGCGACGCGACACGUGUCGACACCAGUGACCUAUUUCCACGCGGACAUUGAGAAAUGACUGGCCGCUUCCCAACGCAGCUGGGUGCCUUUAAUAACCCGCGUGUUAAAAAGGGAAUCGAGGUCAGUUGCUGUGCGCGCCGGGCGUAAUGAACUCCCGUGGAGGCUGUCAGCCAGUCGAGAUGAGGUCGCCCUCAUGCGCCGCCGCCGCCGUGCCAUCCGAGAAGUGGGCAGGGACGUCCUCGCCAGGGAUCGCUGUGUACCCUGGGAGUUUCGGACCGGCUCCUCCGGCAUUGCUGUGAUACUCGCUGUGUGGCGGCUGGCAGCCCCGACUGGAAGGAUGGCAUUCCUGAGGCUGGGUAACCGCGGCGACAGCAGCAGCAGCAGCAGCAGCAGGGACUUUGAUGGACUGGAGGGGAUGUGCACAUGGCUGCUGUAUGCAAACGAGACGACAGCAAAGGCUGUUUGUGCUUUCAGUGUUAGUGCUGUGCUUUUAAAAUUUCAUAAGUAUUUAUUUCCCUCCACUGUGAUUCACUUUCGACUGCACCUUCGUUCGAUUAACACAUUUUGUCUCCUGACUGGUAGGAAAAUAUUGAAAAAAAAAAAAAAAUCAAAACACACUGUACUUUGAAACAUCUACCACGAGUGUGACUGUAAAUAUUUUAAAGAUGUCUUAUUUCCUGAUGAAUCCUGAGAAUAUUUAAAAUGUUAACAGUGGAAUUUGCUGUUUCUUUCUUUCUUUUUUUAUUUACUGAAAUUGUAUUAAAUAAAUUUGUGUCUGGAUGUAGCUGGUGCUUGAACGGCUUGAUUGAAAUCCUCACGAGGAGUUCGUGCAGAUGUAAUCAUUUCAGUCAGGUCGGCUGACGUCAAGACUGUGGUGAGACGGUCGAUAACGAUCAUGUGUUCAGACAGUCGGACCUCCGGGGAGCUUUGGAAAUAGAAGAGGAGUUACACAAGGAGUAGACUCACUAGUUUCAGCGCUCAGAGGUCCGCUUGGAAGGUCCGGGAGUCGAGAACCUUGCUCAAGGCCACACAUGGCUGUUGAGUAAAUGAACAGACGUCUCAUUGACCUCUUCUGCCCACAACGUCUCUGGAAACACUUCCUCGAUGGCUCGCUCAUCCUGACGCCGCAGUAACCCCUCGUCUGGCACACGAGAACUGAAUGAAUAGUUUUUCUAGGCCUUUAAAAACUGCUGUUUGUUCACUCUUGUGAUUGUUGAAAAUAAUGUCACAGUUGUAAAAACAAAAUGGAAUAAACUAUUUUUAAUCUACA